AUGGAGAAGCAGACGCAGCAAAUACAACCGCCAGUGGGAGGCAGUGAGAAGGCGAGGAAGAAGAAAAUGCCGAGCCCUCAGGAGCUGGUGACGCACUACGAGAAGCAGGGGAUGUCGACUCAGGAGGCUUCGCUUAAAGUGAUUGGGGAUUUGCAGGGAGCUCUCUUCAGAAUGAUUUCUGCCAAUAACAAACGCGACGAUUCCAAUUCUUCUCCGCAAGUGAUUUCUGCCAAGCUGGACGCCGUCUACGCUCGCGUCGCCCAGCUCGAAACGAAGCUCGAUUACAAGCCCAGUUACCCGCAGGCCCUGGCUCUGGGCGUUGCCUCCGCCUCCUUUUGGAAUGGCGCCCUUGAGCUCUGGAAAAACGUACUAGGUACUCAUCAAUUUGACACUUUGGAACUGAGCUUCUUCACUCUCUGCCAUGGUGACGGCGCUCCUAAAUCUCUCAUUCCAGAAGCUUUGAGUCCUUCGAUUUUGCAGCUGCAGAAACUUGUCAUACAUAAUCCUCGGGUUCUAGGGUUUACUAUUGAGGGUAUUAAAUCCAGAUUGAAGGUGUUCCAUGAGUUGGGGCUUUCUUCCGAGGAGAUUGCCAAGAUGAUUUCCAGUUAUAAGGCGAUUUUACAUUCAAGUAUGGCGAACAAGAUCAUUCCCAAUUUAUCAAUGCUGAAGGGCUUGCUCCGAUCCAAUGACGGUGUGGCCAGACUUUUGAAGAGAUGCCCCUGGGUUUUGUUAGCCGAUUUGGAGAAAACCAUAAUUCCGAAUGUUGAAAUCUUGAAGAGGUGUAGCGUACCAAUGGAGCGCAUCCUUCACUUUCUCUACAUUCUUCCGAGAACUUUCUUGGUUAAGUCAGAUACUAUGAUGAAAUCUGUAGAAAAGGCCAUCGAAAUUGGGAUCCCUCACACUACAUUAGCUUUUAUAGAAGCUGUUGGUGUUUUUAAUCAUACAAGCGAAGGGAUGUGGGAAGCCAAGUUGCAAAUUCUCCGUGAGUUGGGAUUUUCUGAUGAAGGUAUAGUCACAAUGUUUAGGAAGCAACCUCAGGUUUUUACAGCAUCUGGACACAAACUGAAGAACAAAAUAGAGUUUCUUCUUGCUACUGGGAAGUUCAGUGCAUCCAGUAUUGUAGCUUGUUCGGUUGCACUUGGCUACACUAUCGAGAAGAGGCUUGAGCCGCGGAUGCAAUUUCUGAGACUUUUGGAGAGUAAGAAUCUGAUUGUAAGUGGCCAGUUCUUUCAGCAGUUGCUAUCUUCACAGAUGUUAGAUUUUUUGACAGGUUUAUUAGGCCUUAUCGGGAUGUGAUUGGCGAAGAACACAUCACGAAGGUAUUUGUCGAGGGGAGAAAGAGAUGAAACUUUGUAAGCAGAUGCUUGAUGAGUUUGUAUGAAUUAGUGACUCAUCGACAUUGUGUAGUAUGUUCGUGUUCUGAUUGCUCAUGCGUAGAUUGGAAACAUCGGAGUUGCUUGGUCUGAUCUGAUUUCCUAUGACUGUUAAUUACUAUUCCUAGUAUGUGUUUUUUGCGUUGUUAGUGAUGUUGUUCCACUCCUAAUAUUGUGUUAACCAUGGAUUUUUAAUAGGGGAAAAAUGCUAAUGCAACUUACUCUUGUUUUAGAGAGAGA